UGUUUUUUUCUGGAAGUGUGUGUGAUGUCAUUCGCUCCAAACCUCUUCCUGCUCUAUUUAAACCUGAGCAUCUGCUUCAGAUCAGAGAUUUUAUAUCAAAUUUCAGAAUAAUGUCCAUGAUGAAGAGGUCGGUGUUUGUGGGUUUUGUCCUGCUUGCUCUUGUCCCUAUGAUCCAUGCUGCCUGCUGGCGUCAACAGAACAAAAUUGAUGCGACUCAUUGUCAAGACAAUGUGGACAAGACGUGGCACCCGGUCGGAUCCAGAUGGACAAACAGCCAGUGUGCAAAGUGCAGUUGCUCUGUGGAUAUGAUUGACUGCUGUGACGGAUGGCCAACACAUGUGUCUGGAGGCUGCAGCAUUAAAUAUGAUUAUAAAACCUGUACAUAUGAAUUGAUUUAUCCGGAUAGAAAUAGCCCCUGUAUGGGAAGUGGAUAGAGAUUAUUAAGAUGAGAUAAAAAAAAAAAAAAAUAAAAAAAAUGAGAUAAAAACAACUGCAGAAUUAAACCACAGAAGUACAAAUACAACAUGAUGAUGACUUUGAACAUAAAUAUAAUAAAGAUUUACUUACUGAU